AUGUCUGUCGUCCUCAACCCGCCCGAGUUGGGCUUCAAGCGACCCUUCAACCAUGAGGUCUGCCAGGUUUUGGAACUCUACAAUGAGAACCCAGAGGCCAUUGUUUUUAAGGUCAAAACUACCGCUCCCAAACACUACUGUGUUCGACCCAACUCCGGCCGUAUAGAACCUGGGAAACAUGUGGGCGUCCAAGUUCUGCUGCAGGCUAUGAAGGAUGAGCCCCCGCUCGAUGCCAAGUGCAAGGACAAAUUCCUAGUUCAGACAGUCGCGGUCACGGGUGACUUGGAGUUCGCAAACGUUACUUCCAUCUUCGAGAAAUCCCCCAAAUCGUCGGUUCAGGAACGCAAGAUUCGCGUGAAUUGGCUGGCCCAAGACUUGGAUGCUAGCCAGGGCGGAGAAGCCAAUGGCACUACCGCAUCCGACGAAGAACACCCGGCACAGACCUCGCCCGUCGCAAAUUACGAAACCCCCGCUGUCGGAUUGACCAAGAAGAGUGCGGAGACUUCCCCUAUCCCGCCUCCGGAUUUCAACGAGAAACCAAAGCAAGAACCUUCCCGGACGAACGAGACCAAAUCAAGUGCUACCGAAUCGCCUUCCGUCAAUGAACUCAAGGCCAAGCUCGUCGAAGCCAACUCACAGAUUGAAAGACUCAAGGAGAAGGUUUCCGACAACGGACUGAGGCAGCGCAAGAUCGGAAUCGACUCUAAAGAGCCGUCCUCAUCAAUGUUGCAACAGCAGCAGGCUCAGCCAGCACUUGCGGGUGUUCCAAUCCAAAUAGUGGCGAGUCUUUGUUUGCUAAGUUUUUUGAUCGCCUACAUCUUCUUCUAG